UUUGAUUAAUAUUAGCUUUUUAUAAAUAUGAAAAACGAGGACAUAAAACCAAAAGAAAAUAAUUCACCAAAGACUCCGGGUGGUAUAAGCAAAUCGCAUUUAACUUCGAUAAGACGUCUUGGUCUGUCGCGGAAAUGGAAGAAAUCUGGAGUUUCGCCGUUUGUUUCUCCGCUCGCUUCUAAUAAUCUUACAAAACCUAAGGAUAGUUCACAGGAGGAAACAAAUACAAGGAAGCGGAAACUACGGUUAGACGAUGAAAACACAGAGCUUUCACCUGUUGAUGUUGAAAAAAAUGAAAUUAAUGACAUUGUUACUACACCGCCAGUUUGCAAACAGGAACCAAAUACUAAUGAUAGCACUCCUAUUAGAAAGGCAACCCGAAAAAAAACUAGGACAAUACCGUAUAAGGAUGAAGAGUGUGCAAUAACUGUGAAAACUAGCCAAGAAGAACAAAACGUAAGUGAAAUAAAGGUAUCUUCUAUAAGUUGUGAAGACGAAAAAAGCAGUCAAAGUAUUCCACCAAAACAAAAUUCAAUACAACCAGUAGAUAUAGUGGAAAAGAAUGAAGAAAUUAAUGAAACGGAAAAUAUCCUUAUCAAUAAUAUUGAAGAUACUAAAUUAAAGGAAACAUGCAAUAAACCGCCUAAUAAAUUGGUAAAAGAGUGCAUAGUUGUUAUACAAAACAAAAUUUUAAAGAAAAAUGGAGUAAAAUCUAUUAUGAAACCUGAAAUUUCGUAUGAUUCUGAUAAUGAAGACGUCCCUUUAAGUCAUUUUAAUAAAACAACACAUAUUAAUAGCAAUUCUGUUUGUGAUUUCAAAAAUAAAGAAACUAAAAACUCUCCAAAAGUACAACCUUUAAAGAAAACUAAAUCAACAAGCAGCAGGAAAAGUGUAUCUACUAAAAACCACAAAGAAAUAAUAGCAAAUAAAGAACACAUCAAAUCAUCACAAAGUUCAAAUUCUUUCAGUGAUGAUGAUGAUGAUUUCGAAUUAAACAAGAAAACAAUAUUUUUCCCCAAACGUAAUGAUAAAAUUAUCAAGCCUGUGAAAGCUAAAUCUACAGGUUCUAUAACACAAAAGGAUAUUGAUGAAUUAAAAGCUAGAAUUGAAAUGAAAAAGCAACUUCUGUUCGCAAAAGCUCAGAGUAAAGAUACUGAAGAAGUGAGAGGCUUAAUAAAAAAGUGGCGGAAAGGUUGCCAGGAUGCUUUAAUGGACCUUUUAGAUUUAAUGAAGAAGAAUUUACCUGAUCGUUCUGAUAUGAACUAUGCUAAUAUAUUAGAAAUGUUAAAAAUACCUGCCUCUUAUGUCGGAUUUGAUCCAGAAAAUGAUUGUUUUAGUACCCCUGAUGAUAAUAGCAUCAUUUCUUCUAUAUUUAGUGAUUUGUAA